UGGACGUAUUGCACAAGGAUAUGACGCAAAACCACAUAGUGCCCCAUAUAUGGUAUCAAUUCAAGUAAACAUUGGAAAUGGAAAAUAUCAUCAUUCAUGUGGUGGAGCUAUUAUUGAUUCAAAUUGGAUAUUAACUGCUGCCCAUUGUUUACAUGAUGAUGAAAGAACAUAUAAUUCAAUGUUAAAAGCUGGACGUCAUCAUAUUAAAUUAGAUAAUGAAGAAUAUGCACAACAUAGAAAAAUUAAUUAUUAUAAAAAUCAUGAAAAAUAUCCUGGUGGAAGUGUUGUUGCACCAUUUGAUAUCGCUUUAAUUCACGUUGAAGAACCAUUUAAUUGGACUGAUGGUGUAAAACCUAUUUCAUUACCAAAGAUACAAAAUGAAGUUGCAACUGAUUGUGCUAAAUUAUAUGGUUGGGGCUUAUUAGCAGAAAAUGGUAAAUUUCCUGAUGUUUUACAAACUGCAGAUUUACCAAUAAUACCAUUAGAAGUAUGUAAAAGUAAAGAUGUAUUUGGUGAACUUGUACAUGAUACAAAUAUUUGUACAGUUGAUCCAAUGGGAAUGAGUGCAUGCAGUUCUGAUUCUGGUGGUCCAUUAGUAAAAAACAAUAGUAUUAAUAAUGAAUUAGAAAUAGUUGGUGUUGUUUCAUGGGGUCCACCAUGUGGUAGAAUGGAUAAUAAAAGUAUAUCAGUUUUUGUACAAGUAUCAUCAUUCUUAGAUUGGAUUAUCUCAAUACAGUAUCCACUUUUACCAUUACCACAAUAG